AUGCCGGACCCGGGCACUAUCUGUGUGGUGGCGAGCUUCGCGCUCUUCGAGAUGGCGGUUGGGGUGAUAAUCUCGUUCCUCGUGCGGCAAUCAGACGAGCAGCGGUUGGGGCAGGAGAGGGAGGACGAGGCAAAACUGAGCGACGCGAUCAAGCAGCUCGAUGAGCGCUGCUAUGGCGACGAGCGCUGUUCCGCCGCUGACGAGUGCAGCAUCUGUCUGGGCCGCUACGAGGCGGACGAUAAGGUUCGUAGACUGAAGUGCGGCCACGAGUACCACUCGGAGUGCAUUGAGCAGUGGGCGCGGUGCAAAGGGCUGGACGCCGCGUGCCCUCUCUGCACGCGCCCUCUCUUCCCGCCGCGCACUUGCGCGCCGCCAAUCGUUUCAUCGCAAUCAGCACCUGCGAUCACGAUGCUAUAG